CUUGUUCAUCUGUGGCAUCAGCAGAGGCCAGACGUGUGUCAGGUUAGGAGGAGAAGGGGCAAGCGUGAGACAAAGUCAGGAAACUCUCCCACCCUUGAGUCACAUUGACUUUAUCCAUCCCGAAUUAGACGCAGAAGAAGAAUAGAGCGUGCAGCAAAAUGAUGGUGGAGACCAUGGUACACUAUGAUAACGGCUACGAGGACGAGUACAUGAUGCAAGAGGAGGAGUGGGACAGGGACAUGCUGCUGGAUCCUGCCUGGGAACAACAGCAGAGGAAAACUUUCACAGCCUGGUGUAACUCCCACCUGAGGAAAGCUGGUACUCAGAUUGAAAAUAUUGAGGAAGACUUCAGGAACGGACUGAAACUGAUGCUGCUUUUGGAAGUUAUCUCAGGUGAGAGAUUAUCAAAGCCAGACAGAGGGAAGAUGCGGUUUCAUAAGAUUGCGAAUGUCAACAAAGCUCUGGACUUCAUCACGAGUAAAGGAGUGAAGCUGGUUUCCAUUGGAGCUGAAGAGAUUGUGGAUGGGAAUGUUAAGAUGACUUUGGGAAUGAUCUGGACUAUCAUCCUCCGCUUUGCCAUUCAGGAUAUUUCUGUGGAAGAAACAUCUGCAAAGGAAGGACUUCUCUUGUGGUGUCAGAGAAAGACUGCCCCCUACAGGAAUGUUAAUGUCCAAAACUUCCACGUCAGCUGGAAGGACGGCCUGGCCUUCUGCGCCCUGAUCCACAGACACAGACCUGACCUCAUCGACUACUCUAAGCUCAACAAGGAUGAUCCUCUGCGAAACCUGAACCUGGCUUUUGACAUAGCAGAGAAACACCUGGACAUUCCCAAAAUGUUGGAUGCAGAAGACAUCAUCAACACACCCAAACCUGAUGAGAGAGCCAUUAUGACCUAUGUGUCCUGUUUUUACCAUGCCUUUGCUGGAGCUGAACAGGCUGAGACAGCUGCAAACAGGAUCUGUAAGGUGCUGGGUGUAAACCAAGAGAAUGAGAAACUGAUGGAGGAGUAUGAACGCCUCGCCAGUGAGUUGCUGGAGUGGAUCCGUCGCACCACUCCCUGGCUGGAAAACCGAACCCCAGAGAAGACUAUGGCAGAGAUGCAGAGGAAGCUGGAGGACUUCAGGGACUAUAGGCGCAAACAUAAACCUCCAAAGGUGCAGGAGAAGUGCCAGCUGGAAAUAAACUUCAACACCUUGCAGACAAAGCUACGUAUCAGCAAUCGUCCUGCUUUCAUGCCCUCUGAAGGGAAGAUGGUGUCUGAUAUAGCUAGUGCAUGGCAGGGUCUGGAGCAGGCCGAGAAGGGCUACGAGGAGUGGCUCCUCACAGAGAUCCGUCGGUUGGAGAGGCUGGAUCACCUGGCUGAAAAGUUUCGUCAAAAAGCCACCAAUCAUGAGAACUGGGCCAGUGGUAAAGAACUGAUCCUCUCUGGGAAGGACUACGAAACAGCCACCCUCUUCGAAAUCCGAGCAAUGCUUCGAAAACAUGAAGCCUUUGAGAGUGAUUUGGCGGCACAUCAGGACAGGGUGGAGCAGAUUGCUGCAAUUGCACAGGAACUAAAUGAGUUGGAUUACCACGAUGUGGCUGGUGUGAACCUGCGCUGCCAGGCCAUUUGUGACUUGUGGGACAAACUCGGAACCAUGACUCAGAAGAGGAGAGAGGCACUGGAGAGGACAGAGAAGCUUUUGGAGACUAUUGAUCAGUUGUUCUUAGAGUUUGCCAAGAGGUCAGCACCUUUCAACAACUGGAUGGAAGGAGCUAUGGAGGACCUGCAGGACAUGUUCAUGGUGCAUACUAUUGAAGAAGUCCAGAGCCUAAUUGCGGCUCAUGAGCAGUUCAAAGGUACUCUACCUGAGGCGGACGCAGAGAGACAGGCCAUAUUGGGUAUCCAUAGCGAGGUGCAGAAAAUUGCCCAGAGCUACAGUAUCAGGGCCAGCAUUGUCAACCCAUACAGCACAAUCACAACGGAGGAGCUCCUCAACAAAUGGGAUAAGGUGAAGAAGCUGGUUCCUCAGAGAGACAGUGCCCUCCAGGAGGAGGUGGCAAGGCAACAUGCCCAUGAAAGGCUGAGGAGGCAAUUUGCAGCCCAGGCUAAUCUCAUUGGGCCCUGGAUACAGGCCAAGAUGGAGGAAAUUGGACGCUGCUCCCUGGAGAUAGGGGGUGCUCUGGAGGACCAGAUGACCCAGCUAAAGCAGUGUGAGCAUGUCAUAGUCGCUUACAAGCCCAACAUCGAUAAACUGGAGGGAGACCACCAGCUCAUCCAAGAAUCGCUGGUGUUUGAUAAUAAACACACCAACUACACUAUGGAGCACAUCCGUGUUGGGUGGGAGCUGCUCCUCACAACCAUCGCCCGAACCAUCAAUGAGAUCGAGACCCAGAUCCUGACCCGGGAUGCAAAGGGCAUCAGCCAGCAGCAGAUGAAUGAAUUCAGAUCCUCGUUCAACCACUUUGACCGGAAGAAGAAUGGCGCAAUGGAGACAGACGAUUUCAGAGCUUGCCUCAUCUCCAUGGGUUAUGAUUUGGGAGAAGUGGAGUUUGCCCGUAUAAUGAUGUUGGUGGACCCCAAUGGUACUGGUAUUGUGUCCUUCCAGUCGUUCAUUGACUUUAUGACCAGAGAGACUGCUGAUACAGACACUGCAGAGCAGGUCGUGGCAUCUUUCCGGAUCCUGGCAUCUGACAAACCUUACAUUCUCGUGGAAGAGCUGAGGAGGGAGCUCCCUGCUGAGCAGGCUGAAUACUGCAUCAUGAGGAUGCCACCUUACACUGGCCGUGGCGCGCCACCAGGGGCACUUGACUACACUGCCUUCUCCACCGCCCUCUACGGAGAAAGCGACCUUUAACCUAGCUAGAUAACCUUUCAUCUGCUGAUUGUCAUCCCCCAUGCAUCCAUUUCUUGAUAAAUUUAAAGAGGUCAUAUUAAAAGCCAUUUUCAACUAGAAUGGCACUCUGUCAGCACAUACCUCUGCCAACAAACUAAAUCUCACCUGUUCUUAGAUUUUAGGACUCCAUAUAUCUCUGUGUUUUUAAUUAAUUUUUUUAAAUUUACCUUUGCAAGUUUUUGCCUGUCUCUGCUGUUCAUCUGUUUUUUGGUUGGUUCAUUAGUGGAAUUAUGCAAACUGGACUGGAUCAGUUUAAGGGUGCAAAUGCAGCAGUUUUUACUUUUUACUUUUGCUUAGUUAAAAAAAA